AUGGAUUUAUCAACUGCAUAUCGCUACAAUCAAAACAUGAUGGAAUACUACACAUGUCAUGGCGGUGUUAAUCAGCUAGGUGGUGUGUUCGUUAAUGGUCGGCCUCUGCCAGAUGUGGUACGGCAACGUAUUGUAGAGCUGGCGCACAACGGCGUACGCCCAUGUGAUAUAUCAAGACAACUGCGCGUUAGUCAUGGUUGUGUAUCAAAAAUUCUGUCGAGGUAUUAUGAAACUGGCAGCUUUAAAGCUGGUGUGAUAGGAGGCUCUAAACCUAAGGUUGCUACACCGCCCGUAGUUGAUGCUAUCGCAAAUUAUAAACGCGAAAAUCCCACAAUGUUUGCUUGGGAAAUUCGUGACAGAUUACUAUCGGAGGGAAUUUGUUCACAGGACAAUGUCCCGAGCGUCUCAUCCAUAAAUCGAAUUGUGCGUAAUAAAGCAGCAGAAAAAGCCAAACAUGUGCAUCAUCAGCAGCAACAAAGUAAUAACAAUAACACUAGCGGUGGAGGUGCUGCAAGUGGAGGAAGUGUGGGUUCAAGUAAUGUAGGUGGAGGCGCGACAAACCUAGAUCCAAUGGAUAAUAACAAUGAAUUGGUAAAUGGUACCAAUAGCAAAAACGAUGCGAGCAACAAUCACAACGGCACAAUUAAUAACGGCGGCAAUAGCAUCAAUAACAGCCUAAGUGCUUCAUCUGUGAUUGGACAUGCCCCAACGUCAACAGCAGGAGCUACAUCAACGGUAUCAGCAACUACAGCAGCGGCUAUACAACUGCAGCAGCAAAAUAUACUCAGUAUAACAGGCUCCGCGAACGCAAGUAUUCAUAAUGGCGCCAACAAUAAUGCAAAUAACAAUAACAGCGGUAAUAACAACAACAAUGUUAUCGGUGAACAUCGUACCACCGGCUAUAGCAUAAAUGGAAUUUUAGGUAUACACCAGUCGCAUCAUCAAGCUCAUCAACAUCAUCACAAUCAUCACAAUCAGCUUCAUACUCAACAGCAUGUUCAGAACCAGGGCCAGCAACAUAUCCACAAUUCCACAACAGUAACAACAACAACUGAUCCCAACGGUAACAACAUUAAGCGGAAACGUGUUGAAGAGCAUGUAAUGCUGAUUUCGGAUGAAAACCGUGAUAUAAACAUGCAUGUGGAUGAAGACAUUAAACGUCAGCGUUUAACGUACAGCAGCGAUCAAAUCUAUUCAAACAUCUGGUCUGGAAAAUGGUGCAUUAAAGACGAACAUAAAAUACUUUCAGAGUUAGGUACUUUAACAACAAAUAGUAGUAGCGUAGCUGCUUAUUACGACAGUCACAGCGGUUUUCCUGCAGCGGUGUCGUCCCACACACACACAGCCAACGUUAGUGAUAGCAUGCUAUACGACAGCAUAACCAGCAUAUCCGGAACCCAAAGUUCAUUAUACACCCCAGCAAUUGGUGCUUCUAUUGGAGGUAAUACUCUCACUCCUUUAGUGCCAAUAAAUAUGCAAGACAUAAAAAUAGAUCAAAGUUUACAGGAUCAGACCCUAUCUCCUUAUUAUACAGCUAUUUCUUUGGAAAAUACUAGUUACUCAUCGAUGGCGAAUAUGGACAACAGCAUAGACCAGCAGCACGCCAACGGAGCGCAAGUAGGCAGUGACGUGACUGCUGCAGUUAUGGAUUUGCCGGCGACUCUUUUAGAAAGAAAUGAUGAGUCUGCUUUCCCACGUUGUAUCCAUCAACGCGCGUUGAACCAUAGCAAUAGCAUCAAUGGAAUGAAAGAAAAGAGUUCCCCUGCGGAAACUUUGUCCGUGUCCACUACUGUCGGUACUGUUGGAAAUUCACAAAUACAGGCAGCUAAAGUUCUAACUAUCAAAAACCUCAACAACGAAAAUAGGCAGAUUAAUAUUUCUUCCAAUUUUGACAACAAUAACCAGGCUAACCAUAGUAAUAACAGCAAUAACAAUACCUCGCAAAGUUCCACCAUUACCUCUUUAAUAUUACUACAACCUCUAAAUAAAACUCAUAGCCCGCCAAAUUCUGGAACAUCAGCUGUUGGUCGGAAUGAUUGCUACAUUAGUACUACAAGCUCAACAGUGCUACCGAGUUUUAGCCAGCAUUACUCCGAAGCUUGUGGUUCUGUGGUACCAUCCACGGAUUAUACUUACAGCCCAACGUAUGCACAAUAUGGCAACGCCUACGGAACCUAUGGCUACGGAUCAAGUAGUGGCUUACUUAAUUCGUACUACUAUGAGGGUGUACAAAAUCAAACCACGAACCCAACUGCUUCAAAUCAGGAAAUACGUUCCCCUUUAGCGGCUACGCGGGCUAAUUCGUUGGCAUCGGCAGCCUCACCUACUGGCAGUGCUUGUACUAAAUCUGAAUCGUCGGAUAUUUUUCUUGUCUAGUGAUUUUUGAAGUAUUUGCAGCAGAUAAUCAUCUAUAGGCAAUUGAGAAGAGCGAGGGAUUGAUAACUCUGCUACAUAUUAGCUAAAUUACCAAAACCAAGCAAAAUGUGUUUUUGCGGCGUGCGCCGCACUUUUCGAUAAGUAGCAUUAGCGUGCGUACAUAUAUAUUUACAUAAAUAUAUGAAAUAUUAUAGCAAAUCAAUCGAAGCUCGAUGUACGUCGCAUAUUGCAUCAUAUACGUUGUAUGUUCUAUAUUUUUCCAAUUUUGUACCAUCUGAUAGAUUAGUACAAACUAAGAUUUAAACGCUAUGUAUUAUUUUAUGAAAAUUUUUCGAUAGUUGUACGGAUCCUUGUGCAGAAUCAAAGUUUUGAACUCGACAUGGUUCUUGGAAUAAACAAAAAUCUAGGACCACAGUUAACACUCCCAACUUAAUUUAAUGAAAAAUGGAAGAUCGUAUUUUUUUGCAAAGUAUAGGUAUGGAUUGAUAUGCGUGGUCUUUUAACAUAAUCUAGAAAAAGUGAUAAGAACGAUUUUGGUUCUUAUAGAAGUAGUUUUGAGUUGCUAAUUACCAUUUGAGUAGGCGGACUUAUAUAACUAAACCACGACUACAUCGAUUUGGCUAUGCAUACUUAUUAACAUAUGAAACAAGUCGUUAAAAAAUAUAUAUAAAAAGUAUAUAAAAAUGCAUUGUAUUAUUAAAAAGAUAUUGACUACAAUAUAACUGUUGGAGAAAAAAUACUCACGCAUAUUUUAAUCCAAUCAAUCCUCCAAGUCGUAUCCGGGGGUGGCUAGAAAAUGUAUUCUACAUAAAAUCAUGGUAAGCUUUUUGGAUGUUAGCGCACAUUUUCCACGACUCAAUAAUUUAACUUUAAGACAAUGAGGCAGCUUGAAAUGCAAUGACCGUCAUUUGGCUGGUUUUAUGCGUCUCCCAAAGAAAAUAAUACAGAAAUGGCACAAAGAAGAUAACUCUUUAAGGUGAUGUGGCUAAUAUCAUUCGAUCGAUAUCAAAAUGUCCAAUAUGCUCAAGUACUUUAUCUCUAAAAAAAUUUUUUUUUCAGUAUAAAUUUAUUUGCUUACCCGGUUUUAAGCGAGGACAUGAUUAAUGUGAAACCGAGGUACUUCUAGUGUACAGCUGACUACCGCGACUGCAAAAGUUCACUUUCUCUUUUGGGAUUGCAUAUUUUAUGAAAAUAUUUAGGUUUUUAUUUAGGGCUAGCAAAGAUGCAUAAACCAAAAUGUGUUUGGCCUUGUAAAUUUAUGUUUUGAUAGCUAUAUAUUCGGUGUAAAUUUAAUUUUAAUUACGACCAGAUAUUCUAUACAUAUCACAUAUUAAAAUUUUGUUGGUUUGUUAAUUAUCAAUAAAUGUAUCAAGAAAAAUACAAGAUAUUUAUACAUUCUUAACAAACAUAUGUUUAAAUUUUCAGUUUUAAAAGUUAUUUUGGCUUUUGACCUAAUAUGGCCCUGUCUGUAAAUACUUUGAAAUUUUCUAUUCUCUAUUUUGCUAUUUCCAAACAUAGUCAGACAAAGAGAGGAACGCAAGCGCCUUGCUUACACACACAUAACACCUAACUAAGAGAAAUAACAAAGGUAUGAAGUAAAGAUAUUCGUCUGAUAUAUUUUUUAUAUGAGCAAUCACUCAAGGGACGUCCCCUAUUCCCGUAACGUUUGAGGAAAGAAUUGAGGACGGAAGAAGGAAGAAAGAAAUAGGGUAGUGUUGGCCGCAAUCUAGUGGAUGUGUGCCCAAUCAAAAAGUGCAAUGCCUUCAUACUCCGAGUAGUUACGACCAAAGUAAACUCUAUCGCACUGGGAUUUGACCUCGGAAACACUCACAUGAUAGUCGCGAUUUUUACCUAUUCGGUUACUCAUGCGAAUAGAUACGUCUGAUAAAAGACUUAUAGGCAAGUAUCAAAGGCUCCUAACUCUUUCUCUCCCUUCCUCUCGCGACCUAUUUUUCUUUCUCUUUACCAAUUGGUAAAGAGAUAUAGAUAGAACUAUCUAUCUUAAAACUUACGUUGAUUCGGAAUGCACAGUUCCUUCCGCUAAGGAAGUUAAAUUGAACUUAUGAGAUCAGUGUACAUUAAUAAAAGAAGCAACUACCCUUUUGCUAUUUAUCGUUCUCCAUGAACAACGAAGC